CUAAUUUUAUCCGAACAUAGGCAGGUCUUUAGGAAAGAGAAAUUUCAGACAAGGCAUUUUCUGGGCCUUCACCACCGACUUAGCUGCUUUCCAAUUUUUUUUGUUUUUUUAACCAACGAUUCUACAACUGAAUCUGAAACAGAUGGAUUUUUAGUUGAAGCAUAAAAGAUUAAGAUUUGGUGCCCAUGGCUAUUCGAAGGGUUUUGACAAGGAUGAGAGAGAAAAGGCAGGAAGAGAGGAGAAAGCGAAGGAGAGGAAGACGAAGGGGGAAAGUGAAUGUUAGUCCUACCUCCUAAAAAAAUAUAUUGGAAUCCCAACCAAAACGACGUCGUUUCUCUCGAAAACCCUGCCCCCGCUAUCCCCUUCUGCAAUCAUCUCCAUCUCGUGGGAAAAGGUAAAGUCUCUCAAGGAUCGAGCCUCGCCGGAAACCACCAUGACUUCAGUUUGAAGACAAGGGACUUUAAUCGGACCGCAAAGAUAGAAAUUUGUGAGGGUAAGUUAGCAGAUCUCUUUGAAAGAUUAUGCAAAUUACCCUCUUUUCUUACUGUUGGUUCCCUUUUCUUGUGUUAACUAUUUGAUCUGGAUUCUGGAUCAUAGUCGGCACCAGUGAAUCAUGUUUGCAGGCGUAGUGUCUAGAGAAUUUGGGAUUAAAUUUCUUUGAAAUGUGGUUAAUUUGUUACGGAUGGGUAUUUGGAUUAUGGGGUUUUGUAGGAUUUUGAUAGGAUUCAUGGAAGGGCAGCUCCCAAAUACUAAGCAAUGGGUAGUGUUUUACUCUGUUUACAUAAAUUCGAAGAAAACUGUAGCUGAAGGGAGGCGGAUUAACUUGAGCAAAGCAUGUGAGAAUCCUACUUGUGUUGAGAUUGGUGAUUGCUGUAACCAUCUCAAACUCCCACUAUUAUUGAGGUUUGUUUAUGCAUUUGUUUUGCACGUUUCUUUGAUCUUGUCGUCCUUCGAUUCCGGAGAUGAUGAAUUGCAGCGGUAGAGUGGGGUGAAAAUAGUGAGUGCUGAGAAUUAAGUUGGCGGUAUGGGAUUGUGUUUGAAAAAUUGAAGGAAUCGGAGGAGUCGAGGAAGAGAUGGAGAUGAUUGCAAAAGGGGAAGUGGGACAGUAGGGGUUGGGGUUUUGAGAGAAACGACGAACAGCAGGGGUUGGGUUUUCUCUCAAAAACCCAUAGAAAAGCAGGAAAAAUGAUUCAGAAAAGCAAUUAUUGACCCAUAGAAAACAGAAAAUGCCAGCAUGUGACUGUGUGGUGGAGAGAUCAGUAUGAUCAUAGAUAAAAAGUUUUUUAUUUU